GCCGUUGCAGGAGUCUUACAUCACACCUUGGUUUAAUCCGACUUAAAUUUUUUUCAAAUAUAAGUUAUUUUACUGAUUUUAGAACGAUAUAACGUCUACGCUGUCGUGUCAACCAUCAUCAAGUAAGGAUUUGUUGGUGAAGAGAUUCAAUUAUCACUCAGAACGGGUUUUGUUGACCACUGCCGAGAAUAAGGCAAUUCCUGAUGCCGAUUUGGAGGAACCAUCAAAUGCGGGAAAUGUAAAAAACGAUGGAGCAAAAGUAAGAGAAGAGGGCGAAGAUGAAAUAAUGCUGGAAAGUGAAGAGUUGAGGUUUGACAAGCAUGAAGAGCAGGAUCGCAUGGAGCUCGAUGAUGACUAUGAGGAUUUGUUGAGGUUAGCUACAGCCGGCAAAGAGUUCGAAUCGGAAAAAGACAGCACAGCACAACUUCAAGCAAACGAAAUGGUUGACCUGCAAGCUAUGCAUGAUUCUGUAGCUGAACUGUUAAAGCAUUUCUGGAUGUGCUUUCCUCCGACAACUCCUGAAAUGGAAGAAAAG